AUGAUUGAUGAUUCACAAUAAAUUAUAAAGGAAAUGAUCUAAAGUAAUUCGAUACAACAAUUAAUGGAUUUUAUGAACAAAGUGAAACCAAACAUUUUGAAUUUAGAUUGUGGAAAGAAACAAACAAGUAUUAGUUUAAAAAAUGAGAUAAGUUCUACAUAUAGCUGUUUAGAGAAAUGAUUACCCAUUUCUAAGAUAUCUUGAAUAAUAUUCAAAUGAUAAUUAUAAAGGAAGUGAGAUUAAAAAAUUAGUUAAUACAUAUAAUAUUGAAAUCUUCACAGCUCUUCAUAUAGCAUCUUACAAUGGAAAUUUGGUAAGUUUAAUUGCAUUUAUAUAAGGAAGCUGUGAAGAUUCUAUUAAAUAUGGGUGCUGAUUGUAUUUUGAAAAGUGGUUCUGGUUUAUUGGCUAUACAUGCAGCAGCAUAAGGUGAUUAACCUUAUAUGGUGGUAUAAUGAUCUUUAUAAUAUAAAAGUGGUAUUGGUUACAAAAAGGAAUUCCAAUCAAUGUUUAAGAUGAUGCUGGAAAUACUUGUUUACAUUGGGCAGCAUAUUAAAAGUAAUCUCUAAUUUAGUAUGCAUUUAGUUGUGAAUUAACUGUAAGCUAUUUAAUUUCAUUUGGUUGCAAUAUCGAUUUUAAAAAUAAUGCAUAAUAAACAGCAUUACAUAUUGCAGCAUCUUAUGGACAAUCAAGAAUUGUAAAGAAAUUACUAAUAAAAGGUGCUCAAAGAAAUAUUUAAGUAAUUUUAUUUAUUUAUUUUCUAUUAAGGAUGAACAUGGAUAAUUACCCAUCAAUUUGACAGAAUCUAUUUAAAUAAAAAAGAUGCUUAAAGACAAAACUGACUUGGCAUUAAUUUAUAACUUAAAAUAGCCAUAUCAUCCAAUUUAAAGAAAUAGAAAAUCUAUUUUUAUUUAUUACUUUGUAAUAAUCACAUCACAAAGUUGUAUUGGUUAUAUCUUAUGGGAAAUGUAGGGAAUAUUGUUGUAUAUUUUUAUGCUUUUUUUGGCUAUCCUACUAAUAGCAUCAAUAUUAGCAUAAUGUUGUAAUCCAGGAAUCAUUACAUUACUUCUUUCUGUUGAAGAGGCUAUAGCAUAACAAAUAGAUCCAAAUAAUAUCUGUCCAGAUUGCUGGGUAAUUAAACCUUAAAGAUCAAAACAUUGCGAAUUUUGUUAAAAAUGUGUUAUUUUUUAUGAUCAUCAUUGUCCAUGGAUAAAUAAUUGUGUUGGAGCCAAGUAAAUAUUGUAUAAAUCUAACUAGAAAUUUACUUUACUUCUAUCUUUACCUUAUUUCUUUAUUGCUAAUCUAAAUUUAUUCAGCAGUUAUCAUUGUUUAUUGUAAUUUAUUUAUUCAUCAUAGACUUUUUUAUAUCUGAUAGUCUAUCUUUAUUUAAAUAUCUAAUUAUGCUAUAUCCUAUUUUAAACAUUUUGAUUUUCAUUACUCCGAUUUUGUAAGACUUCAAACUAAUUUUUAUAGUCUUCUAUGUAUAUACUAAACAAAGAAUUUAUAUUAUGGAAUCACUACUUAUGAAAGAAUAACUGGAUAAAAAGUUAGCAUCAAAUCCAGCUUAUUAGCUCCAUAAGUAAGAAUCAAUUAUUUAUAUUCUUUAAGGAAAAUAUUCAAGAUUCAUAAUCUGAGGAAUCACAAAUAGAACCAUCAAUCAAUAAUUGUUUUAAUUAGUGCUUUAGAAAUAAAAACCGAUUUAAAAAGUAUACAUAAAGUUGA